UGGCCAAGGUUCCACCAAGCCCAUAAAAAGAAAGCGAAUUUUCUUCCAAUAUCACACUCAUCGACGCCAUUCACCUUCAACCUUUUAGUCACCGUUUCUAAGACCUUGGCCUGUUCUUGAGUGUCUUUGCCUUGGUUGAGGCAAUUACGUGAUGUCGAAACUGAUGGUGUUGGUGGUUGCUGCCGUUGCAGCAAGUUUGGCCCUCAGCUCCGUCAAUGGAGCGAGGAUCGACAUUAUCAACCAGUGUGGGCAAACCAUUACAGCAUGUGCCACCUGCUGCGGCGGAGCACAAGUGAACUGUUAUGCGCUUGGAGGCCGCGGUGGCAGACAACAAAUCAACGUUGGUGGCAACUGGCCCGCCGGUGUUAUCUGGGGCUUCCCAGGCGGCAGUGCGAAUCCGAAUGAGGGCAACAACGCCAAGCCUCAAGCUAAUUUGGCUGAGUUCACCAUUGGCGCCGGAGGCAUGGAUUACUACGACAUCAGCAAUGUGGAUGCAUACAAUUUGCCAAUGAGAAUGGCGCCUACCCAAAUUGCUGGUGGAGGAUCACCAUCAGGAACUCACUGCGGAACUAUAAUUUGCGCUAUCAACGAUCUGAUCGGCUUUUGCAAUGGACGCAACAGGCUUACGGGGCCACCAGGAAAUGGAUGCAAGAAUGUCGACGGACCUGGGCUGAAUCCUACCGAUGGCACACGCGCAUUCAAGAACCGCUGCCCAACUUCGUACUCGUACUCCAAAGACGACGCAGGCACUGUAUUCGGCUGCAACACCGGAAGCAACUACGAAGUAGUGUUCUGUCCCUACGGAUCUGUCCCGGAGUCCGAAGAAGUCAUCCGAGAAAUUGUUGAUUGAGCGUCGUAUCAGCCGAAUAUAAUUAUUAUAUAGUCGAAUUUUAAUUUAAUUGUCUAGACUUUUAACUUACAUAGGAGAAUGUUAAAUAGACCCACUAUUUUACUACAUCGACCUAUCUUAUUGUAACCAUUAUUAGAAAAAUGGAUCAUUUCCAAAAACCAUCAUUACAAUCAUGGCCCUGAUCUUGUUCCUCCUCAUUCCUAACCUUUUGUUCCUUUU